AUGUCCGGUGCCUCACUCUUGGAUUCGAAAGCUGCCUUCAAAAACAAGGUGUUGGAGUAUGGCUUGACCAAUACUGUCUUCGAGGCCAUUGUAAGACGUGGAGUCGACACUCUUAGCAAGGCUGCAUAUGCUGUGGGGGCCCCGGGUGUUGUACCCGCCGAAGAUGCCCUGCGAGCCUUUCUGAAUCCAGAGUCGCCUGCCACUGUUGAGCAGGGUCAGGUUGCAAUUGCUAGGCGCCUAAUCUUCGAAGCACAGACACUUGCAGUAAGCCAGCUGCGUCAGCAGAUCGAGGGGCCGGACGAGAAGCGACAAGACCUUCAGCCCGCCGAAAGGAGGUUCCGUCUAGAAGAGCAAGCACGCCGCCUGGCCGGUAUGUCGCUCCGCGGUCCGUUGGAAUGCUCUUUCAGCUGCUACACACUUGUCAUUCGCAUGCUGGCCACUGAUGAAAUUACUUACCUCGCCCCUAAUCGGUUCACCACUCGGGCUCAUGAGGUUCAGCAAUCCAAACCUCCCAAAGAAGUCAUCAUUGAUGCAUCGUCUGCCAUCAAGGUGCGUGAUUCUGCUGAGCUUGCCGACACGUGUCAUCUCCCUGAUGCACUCAGCUUAAGUCAGGCUUUGACUCGAAGGUCUCUCGCGCUUGACUUGUGUGAAGCCGCAACGUUUGCAGCCUCCGAACGGUGGCACGCCGAGCUUCUGAGACAUUUGCAGCAGGCACCUCCCAUGGAGUACAAGCAGGUGGAUACCAUGCAAAUUUUAAGGGCUGACAGGGCGGCAUGGACGUACAUGGCCGAAAAAGGCACUUCCUUGAAAAAGCGUGCAGAUGGGAGCUUGCCCAUGGAUGAUCUCUUUGCAGCCCUCACCACGGCUACCGAUGUCAUGAUGUUCCUCAUGCCGCUGCCCGCGGGUGGCCAGAGCAAGCGCCCUUCUGCGUCACAGGUCAUGGCGACGCCCAAUGGUAGCACCGACCCACCCAACCCGACCAAGAAGAGCCGCACCAAGGCGCGCCGUGAACGCCAAAAGCAGCGUCUGCAGGAAGCCCUGGCACUCGCGUCUGCACCCCCAUCUCAUGCCUUCCCGCCCAAGCCUCCUGCUCCGCAUGUGCACAAUGCUCUGCCGCCUACGCCGCCCCAGCCCAUUCCGAAAGGCAAGGGCAAGGGCAAGCACAAGCAUCCCACCAAAGCACGCGUUGUCGACUCAGCCGAGUCCUUCUUCCAGGCCCUGCAAGAGCGUGUUCGCGGCAGGCCCCUUCAGUCUUUGCUUUUUGUGGAAGUUUUCGCGGGUUCAGCUCGCCUGUCAGGUGCUGUCCAUGCGUGUGGCGUGGGCAGUGUCUUCGGCAUCGAUGCGUGGACACCCAAGUCAGCUCCAGCGCCCGUGGUCAAAUUGGACCUCGCGCUUGAUGAGGAUGUCAGAGUGCUCUUUUUGCUGCUUUCCAAUCGGGCCUUGGCUGCGGUGCAUUUGGCGCCGCCUGCAGCCCUCCCAGGUCGUGGCAGUCCGCCACUUCGCUCACACGCGUUUCCGGACGGCCUGCCCGACCUUUCCCCACCCAAUCAAGCCAAAGUUGCGCUGUACAAUCGUCUCUUUGCAUUGGCAUCGACCCUUUUCCUUCAGGCUUUCCAGACAGGCAUUGUUGCCACUCUGGAAAACCCAGCCUCCAGCCAUUUCUGGCAAAGCAGUGCUUGGCUGGAUGCAUCUUCGUCGAUUGUCACACUGCGAUUUUCGUCUUUUCACACUUGCAUGUUCGGGGCUACUUUCAAACGUCAGCUUUGCAUUGCACACUUCCAUGAUGCCUUUCAGGCCUUGCAACUCCCAUGUGAUCAUACUUCGUUGCACCCGGCGCAUUCUGCGCCGAGGGAGUCGGUCACAACAUACCCUGCUCCCUUCUGUAGAGCGUAUGCGCAGGCUUUGCAGCAUGCUCUUGGCGCGGCUGGCUCUCUGCCACCUGCGCAAGCCUUGCCGGGUCUUUCUGAUAUUCAUCUACAAGCUAGGGUGGCUUCUGGCACGCAACCGCGCGGCAAACGGGUACCUCCUCUUCUGCCAGAACACAAAGCCAUUUGCGUCUUGCAGGGUCCAGCGCAGUUGCUUCCUUCCGGGCCCGUGUUACAGCAGCCUUGGUUGCCUUGCGCAGGCGUUCAGUGCCAGCCGCAUUAUCCUCCCUUGCCUGCUAAAUCACGUGUUCUCUGCGCCCUCCCUUGCGCGGGGAUUGAGGAGGGCGGUUCUUCUCUCGAUUCCAGUGGCACCCCGUCCUCUCUGGCCGUGGAUGCUUUGUGCAAGGGUGACUUGUCUUCUGAAAUGUGUGUUCAGGUGCUUCAGCAAGCAUUCAACACCCCCUUGGAAGCUAGGCGUGCGGGCAUUCUUCAGGACGGCCGACCUGUGGAAUACUUUGUUUUGGGCGCCUACAAGUGCUUGCCGAGAAAGGGUGUUACCAAACUCACAGGUGAGCACCUUAGCACAGCUGCCUUCAUAAAUGCCUUUAUGCUGCAACGUUUCCCGGAUGCAUCGUGGUCUGCCUUCGUCGUCACUCACAACGAGUCCUCGGCACUGCACGUGGACUCGGCAAAUGUGCCGGGAACCAUGAACUUUGCGAUCGGCCUGGGAGGUUACUCCGGAGGCGAACUCUUUGUGGAAUCAGAAGGCGGGGCCCAUGCCUUUGAGGACCCGUGCACAGGCGAAUGGCUGUGGGGAGACUGUCUAGCUCUCAACUUGGGACCGUGCCGGUUCGAUGGUCGUGCAAGGCAUGCUACCCUGCCGUGGGUCGGCGACAGGUGGUCGAUCAUUGCUUAUUCGGCGGUUGUGCAAAAUGAUCUCUCCCCAACGCAGGAGCAAACGCUGUGGUCCUGCGGGUUUCCGUUGCCUUGGACCUCUGCCUUUUCGAAAGUGCCGUCUGCUCCUAGCAAUGUCCCUCAGGUUCGCAUGACCAUUGGCAUACCCUGGGACCCAUGCGACUUCGCCAAGGAGGCAGCGAAGAGGGCAUCCACGCCACCUCUUUGA